UUACCAACGCUACGCAACACUGCGGUCGCACGCGUAUUUUUCUUGUAAUUUGCGUGGAAAUUAAGUUGUGAAAAUUGUCAAAAAACAAGCGCAAACAUGGCGAACUUUGACCUAACACGCAUCAACUGUCAAUAUCUGGACCGGCAUCUCACUUUUCCGCUGCUGGAAUUCUUGUGCGGCAAGGAGAUCUACAACCAGCAGGAAUUGCUGGAGUACAUACUGGAGACGGUGAACAAGACGAACAUGAUUGAUUACACGAUGGACACGCGCAAGCGUCUGAAUCUGAGCCAGGAGAUGCCCGAUGAGCUGGUGCAGCGCAAGGCCGAGGUGCUGGCCACGCUCAAGCAGCUGCAGAACGAGGUGGCGCCCAUCAUGAAGGCCACCGACAUUCUAAAGAACGGCGAGAGCAUGAAGGACUCCAAGACAUUUGUAAAUGCCCUGCAAAAGGAUUACAACUUCAAGGUGGAGCAUCUGGAGAGCGCCUACAAGCUGGCCAAGUAUCUGUACGAGUGCGGCAACUACCAGGAGUCCACAUCGUAUCUGUACUUCUGUCUGAUUGUCAUGUCGCCCAAUGAUAAGAAUUAUUUGAACGUGUUGUGGGGCAAGCUGGCCGCUGAGAUUUUGACCCUCAACUGGAACACUGCACUGGAGGAUCUGACGCGUCUGCGCGACUACAUUGACAGUGCCAACUUCUCGACCAUUCAGGCCCUGCAGCAGCGCACCUGGCUGAUCCACUGGUCCGUGCUGGUCUUCUUCAACCACCCCAAGGGACGCGAUCUGAUCAUCGAGAUGUUCCUGUACAAGCCGCUGUAUCUGAAUGCCAUUCAGACCAUGUGCCCGCACAUUAUGCGCUAUCUGGCCACCGCCGUUGUGAUCAAUCGCACGCGUCGCAAUGCGCUCAAGGAUCUGAUUAAGGUCAUCCAGCAGGAGUCGUACACAUAUCGGGAUCCCAUUACCGAAUUCCUCGAGUGUUUGUACGUGAACUUUGACUUUGAGGGCGCUCGCUUGAAGCUGCACGAAUGCCAGACGGUCAUACUCAACGAUUUCUUCAUUGUGGCCUGCCUGAAUGAGUUCGUGGAGGAUGCCCGCUUGAUGAUCUUCGAGACAUUCUGCCGCAUUCAUCAGUGCAUCACGAUCAGCAUGCUGGCGGACAAACUGAACAUGAAGCCCAACGAGGCCGAGUGCUGGAUUGUCAACCUCAUACGCAAUGCACGUCUCAACGCCAAGAUUGACUCGAAGCUGGGGCAUGUGGUGAUGGGCACACAGCCGCUGAGUCCCUACCAGCAGCUGGUGGAGAAGAUUGACUCGCUGUCCAUGCGCUCGGAGCAUUUGGCCGGUCUGAUUGAGCGCAAGAGCAAACAAAACAAUAAGGAAUCGAUCGACUCAUGGAAGUACUACUAGAACCACAGAUCUAACACAGCCAAGAAACACUUUUGUAACCACACAUAAAACACAAUGAUCCAGCGAAUAAAUCAACAGCCCCUUUUCCAUUCGCAA